GAAUGGCGUCGAGUAUCAUUAAACCAGCGUAUGCUUACACGGUUGUGUACGUUAGGGACGUAGCGAAAUCCGUAGAAUUCUACUCGAGAGCCUUUGGUUACAACGUUCGUCGUCUUGACGAGUCCCACAGGUGGGGAGAGCUAGAGAGCGGGCAGACAACGAUAGCAUUCACACCGCUUCAUCAGCAUGAGACGGAUGACCUAACCGGUAAAGUUCAGUCUACGUGUUCAGACCGUGAGAGAGCACCCCUCGAAGUCUGCUUCUGUUACUUUGAUGUUGACGCGGCCUUCGAGAGGGCUGUGGAGAAUGGUGCGGUGGCAGUGAGCGAGCCGGAGGACAAGGAAUGGGGCCAGAAGGUUGGAUACGUUCGAGACAUUGAUGGUAUUGUUGUACGAAUCGGAAGCCACGUUAAGUGA